GACUAGUUCCGAGCGCAGGUAGCAGUGAUGUGUUUACCUUUUGUCUGAAUCCUCCAGCGAGCAACACGUUGGGGCAGAGCGAACAGCACCCACCCAGCGUGCACUCCCAACACUGCAGCUGCCACUAGUUAGUCGUGUACAUACACUCAAAACUUUUCUGCUGUUGCUGCUUCUUUUUGUAUUAAUCUGCAAGAAACGUAGCCGGGGAAGGUUUGUUUUAUUGUUUCCUCCUCCCUCCCCCUUUUUUUUCCACGGCGAACCUAGUUGGAGUGCCUGGAGACAUAUUACUGGAACAGGAUGAAAGCUAAGAAAGCGAUGGGGCCGGUCUGCGGCAGUGAAACGGACGAGGACGACAGUUUGGAGGUGCCUCUCGACCUCUCUCAUUCAGGAAAACGUCGUAGGCGGGGAAACCUACCCAAGGAAUCCGUGCGGAUCCUCCGGGACUGGCUGUAUGAGCAUCGCUAUAAGGCAUAUCCUUCGGAGCAGGAGAAAACUCAACUGUCCAGGCAGGCACAGCUAUCCGUACUGCAGGUCUGUAAUUGGUUCAUUAACGCACGCCGCAGACUCCUGCCAGACAUGUUGAGAAAGGAUGGCAUGGACCCCAACAACUUCACCAUCUCUCGCCGAGGCAGCAAGAGUGCAGAGCACACAUCGAUGACUUUUAAUAACUAUGUUGCAGAUCUUGAUGAAGGAUCUUUCAGAUCUGCAAGUUCCAGCCCAGAAAACGGGGAGACUUCUCCAUGUAGCAUCUCUUCUGCAGGGGGAUUACUGCCAAGACCUUCGGUGAUAUGUCACACUACUGUCUCCACAUCAAAUGACGUGCCUUUACACUACUGCCCACCCACCAGCAUAGAGGGAAUGGAUCUGUUGUCAAGUGCUAGUUUAGUGGAUACCAAUCCUGGAUGCUCCAAAGAUGCUGUUCAGGUGGGGUCAAACCAACCGCCCCAGAGUGGACUCUUUAACACCCCUCCACCCACUCCACCAGACCUCAACCAAGAUUUCAGUGGGUUUCAGUUGCUGGUAGAUGUUGCGCUCAAGCGAGCUGCAGAAAUGGAAUCCCAGUCGAAGCUUGUGGCUUAAAUUCUGUUCUCACUGGCUGCCAAACUGACUUGAGGGAGGAAUAAAAACACUAACUAAAUCCUUUUGUUUCAUGUGGAAAACAGUUGCUUUAUGCAGCAUGAUGCCUUCUUAUUUGCACAAGGGAAUCCAAAAACACGGCUUCCUAUCAUGGAAUUGUCUUAACAAACUAUUUGCAAGGAGACCAAUGAACUCAUGACUACUAUAGAUAGAAGUUCUUUAUGUUUUGUAGUUGCUGAUAAUGUGAGAAUUUUCCCAUGAUUAUGUGAUUCUUUACUUUCUGUGCAAUAUUUAGAUAAACAGAGCCGCCUUAUCAGUCUUUAUCAUUCCUGCAUGGAAAAAGUGUGGCCCAUGCAUUGUUUAGAACAACAGUUUUUAUAUAUAAUUAUGUAUUAUCACUGGGGCUUGUAUCUAAACUGAGUUUUGAUUUAUUCCUUCAGUCUUUAUUUCAGUGUGAGGCAACCAACCGUGGACCUGGGGAACAGAACUUUUAAUGUACUUCACCUGCAGUGACUGUUUUAUUGUACAGACCUUUCCUCUGCUUUACUUUUCCAGCUGCUACAGCAGGACCUGUGCAUAGGCAGGACCACGCCUACAAGAUUGCUUUACUUGUGGUUGCCAUCACUGGUUCGCUGCUAUUGUUACAGUAGCCAAUGUUACCUAAUCGUUUAAAGUUAGCUGCUGUAUUUGUAUCAAUAGUGAUCUCCAAAGUACAGAAUAAGAUUUUAAACCACCCACUCACUGCAAGUUUUUUUUAAUUGAAAUCCUGAGUGAUUUCAGAUUUGGUGGCUGGUGUGGCCAACAUCUCGAGUGUAGCACACAAACCUUGAAUGUACAUCUUUAUUUUGAUGCUUAUGGUUUUGUUUUCUCUUGUGCAUAUUUCAUGGAGGCACUGGAUCACGUGUCUGUUUUACCCAGGUCAUCCUCUUCCAUUACUGAUGAAGACUCCAUGGCUUCCUAGAACUUGCCUUUUGUAGCUGGUGUUGAGAGGUCUGGACACGCUACUGGCGGAACUUGUCAGUUUGUCUCCUACCACUGUCGGUGUCUUGAGAUAUUCAUGCUUAAAACAAAAAUCUGAUGGCUGUGCCAUUAUUCACUCUGUUUUCUAGGCUGUAAUUCAAAAUGAAGUUGGGACCGACUUAAGUGAAGGACUUUGUUUCUUUAACUGCUGUUACAUGAAUAGUUAGGGGCUGAGAGUCCAUGGGGCUUCUCCUGAUCUCCUGCUCUAACUCGUUUACUGACUCUGACAGUCUGCUGCCCGAAUAAUGGCAUGCAUGUGGGAAGAUCACUACAGAAUUUCAGGAUAUGAGUUCAAAUGCAUAACUUAAUUUACUACAAGGUAUAGAGAUUAAUGGACAUCUUGUGUUGCCAUGACAGUGUCAGUUUUGGUUUCUGUCACCCUGAUAAUGCACCUUAUCUCAAAGACCAGGCCCUGUUGCAUUCUUCAGUUUCUCAAUAGUGCCAGAGGACAGGAUUUCUAACAUGAAGUCCUGCUGGCAAUGUUCACAUUUUUAAGAAAAAAUGUACUAUUUGGCUGCUGACCCUUCGAUUGUUGAAGUGCUGUUUUUCCUGGGAUAAUUGUCAGAAGUUGUAGAAUUUACUCUACAAUUUAUUAACUUGAGGGAUGGUCAGGGAGAUGAAAGAAUGUUUGUUUUUUUUUAAAAAAAAUUGAUGUCUUUAAAUACUGUGCAACUUAAGAUUUGGAAAUUUGUAGUGUGAUUUCUUUAGCAGCUAGUGAUUUUUUUAAAGAUCUUUUUUAGCUGGGGGAAAAGGUUAUUUAAACUGUGUACAUGGCUAUACAAAUUUCAUUCCUACCUCCCUCCCACCCACUAUUUUUAAACUUUGCAAUAAAUGGCUUUUCCUGUUAACCUGUCUGCAUUGUGAGCAGGUACACAAUUAAACGAUAGUGUAAAUUUGCUAUGUCAUACUGCCAUGUAACAUCACGCUGAUGGUUGAACCAGUUUAAACCUUUCCAAGUGUGUUUCUGUUGGCAAAACGAUUAUGAUGUGACUCUUGCAUAGUUGGGUGACUUUAUAAUUUAUGAAACUAUUUCCACUGUAGUAAUGUCUGCAGUGCCAUUUUUGGCAUUGUCGCAAAGCAGGUUAUGGGAACAAGACCCUGAAAUCCCUUGCAGGUUCUCGUUAUAACUCUUUGAGACCAGUGACAUCCCCCAGGAAUAAUUACUAUCUUCAUCCAUCUAUGUUAGGACUAUCACUAAGUUGUAGUUGGUUGUUGGGGACUCCUCCCACAAAUGCUGGAAUUAUAUCCUACCUCUUGAACAAGGGUCCUGCAGUUCUCUAAGUCCUCAUGUCUACAAACAUAAAGGGCUGGAUCUUGUCCUAUAAUUAAACCAAAGAUCCGGCAAAAACUAAUUAUAAAUCAGACCUUCCUUUUGAAGUCUGGUCUCCAUUAUCUGUACCUUUUUGUACUGAUCAACAUUUUUUGGAUGAGUUCCUGUUCUGUGGCUUUUUUUUUGUAUAAUUUAUUAUAUAUUAUGGAUGCUGAUGACCUGACAGGCACUGACUUGCUGUUUCUGACUGAAACUUGAAUGGCAGCUGAUUUAACACCGUGAAAGUGACACAAUCACUAAAGCAUUCCAAACUUUCGUCUAUCGUUGUUGAUUAAUUCACUUUGCAUUCCUUUUUGCAAUUGGGUCAAUAGUACUGUAAUGAAACGUGAUUUCUUUUUUCCUGACUCAAUCAUAAUUCAACCUUUUUUAAAGAAGAAAUGAAAUAGUGAAGUUUCCUACUUUUUAACCUAGAACCUUUUUUUAAGCCUUCGGCUCUGGAAGGUAUUUGUACAGUUGGCAUCAUUGUGGUCAUCUUACAUUGUAAAGCUAAGUGAAGUCAAACUGUACUGAAUGAACCUGGUCGUUUUUUGCAUUGAUGUUUGCCUUGUUGAUUUAGUCAGGUUGCAAUGACCUGUAAAGAUUGACUAAAGUUGCAGUAUUCCUCUUUGCCUUGCCACUGGAUUCUGCAGGCAGGGUUCUUCUCACUUCUUAAUUAUAGGGUGGGGGCAACAAAAUGCAGUUUCACAAUGUAUCCAGUUUUGAUUUAAAGAAAAAAUAAAUUACUUUAUUUCCUUCGUAA